AUGAUAAUUCCUCCACUUAAAGUUGUUGAUAGUACGGAGUGGUUCUUUAGAAACAUGAUUGCAUAUGAGCAGUAUAAACAAGGAACCGCGCCAACUUAUAUGACUGACUACAUGAUUUUUGUGUGUCGCCUCCUUGAUUCUCCAAAGGAUGUCAAAAUACUUUGCAACUGUGGAGUUAUUGAUAACUGGUUGGGUGAUGGUACAACGGUCUCUAACAUGUUCAACAAAAUGACCAAUUAUGUCAACAUAACUUUUGAGAAGUUCUGCUACCCAAAAGUUUUUAAUGAGGUUAACACGCAUUGUGAACAUCCUUGGCAUACAUGGAUGGCUAAUUUAAAGCACAAUUAUUUCAACAACCCGUGGUCUAUCAUUUCAGUCAUCGGUGCUUUUGUGUUGCUGGUACUCACUGUGAUACAAACUAUUUGGCAUGCUUUAUUGCGUGAUUUACUGUUAUUUGAAAAUCAACUUCCACCAGACAAUAUAGUUGACUUAGCCCUCUCCUGUUUAGCUAAAUGGGUUCCAUAUUUUGGGAAUUUGCCUCCUUCCAAGAUUCCACCAAAUAAUGUGGAUCAUCAACUAGGCCUCUUACAUGACACCUGGUGUUCCUCAUUUGUUGAAAUUGUUUACUCUCCUGGGAAUGUUUAUGCAAGCCAUGGAAGUAAAUGGAGUUUCAUAAAAUAUGCCAUAGAACUUCGACAAGCUGGGAUUAAAUUCAAGAAAGCUACAGGAAGUGUCCAUUUGUUUGAAAUAAAGUUCGUAAAAGGAAUCAUGAUAAUUCCUCCACUUAAAGUUGUUGAUAGUACGGAGUGGUUCUUUAGAAACAUGAUUGCAUAUGAGCAGUAUAAACAAGGAACCGCGCCAACUUAUAUGACUGACUACAUGAUUUUUGUGUGUCGCCUCCUUGAUUCUCCAAAGGAUGUCAAAAUACUUUGCAACUGUGGAGUUAUUGAUAACUGGUUGGGUGAUGGUACAACGGUCUCUAACAUGUUCAACAAAAUGACCAAUUAUGUCAACAUAACUUUUGAGAAGUUCUGCUACCCAAAAGUUUUUAAUGAGGUUAACACGCAUUGUGAACAUCCUUGGCAUACAUGGAUGGCUAAUUUAAAGCACAAUUAUUUCAACAACCCGUGGUCUAUCAUUUCAGUCAUCGGUGCUUUUGUGUUGCUGGUACUCACUGUGAUACAAACUGUAUGCUCUAUCUUACAAGUCUAA